GACUCCAAAGCUUCAGACCCUGAAGCUCACUCCAUGGCCGACCCGAUGACCACUCAAUCAGGUUCUGAAGGUGCGGCCAAGGAUGCUGGCACAGACACAGCGUCACCCUACGGGACUCGCUCUCGUAACAGGACGGGCACCUCGCGCCCCAACUACGCUGAGGACAAGGACAUCGACACUGAUGUCUACGACUACUAUCAUGACAAGAAGGACCACGACUCCAAAAAGUCAUCGCGACAGGCCAGUGCCGCCGCGAACGGUGAUGCGCCGCCCCGUGCCGGUGCCAAUUCACGUAAGGCUGGCACGGACGAGGCCAAAGCCGGGCAAUCUGCGAAUGCCCCCAAGGAGCAGCAGCCGGUCGCUUCAAGCAAUGCGUCCACCACCACUCCCUCAACGGCACCUUCGCAGCCUACACGAAAGCGCAAGGCCGCAAACCAGUCGGCAGGGUCCACCACCCAAGGCGCCUCCGCUAAUGGAUCGUCCAAGAAGGCGACGACGACCUCUGGACCGACCACGGGCAUUUCGUGGCCCGAAACUAACAUGUUGACUUUUGACGACUGCAAGGCACGACCCGUCGACGGGCGGAUGGUGGCCGACGAUGGCACGGUGCUGGAAGCAAAUGAUCAUGUGUACCUCGUCUGCGAGCCACCAGGAGAACCAUAUUACCUGGGCCGCAUCAUGGAGUUUCUCCAUGCGCAGAAUGACACGAACAAGCCUGUGGACGCAAUCCGCAUCAACUGGUACUACCGGCCAAAGGACAUUGGGCGAAAGGCCCCGGACACGCGCUAUGUGUUUGCGACGAUGCACUCAGACAUCAGCCCGUUGACUGCGCUCCGCGGCAAGUGUCAGAUUCGCCACAAGGCUGAGAUCCCCAGCCUGGAAGCCUACCGCAAGACGCCCGACAGCUUCUGGUACGACAAGCUGUAUGAUCGGUACAUCCAGAAGAACUACGACCUGAUCCCCACGCGCUCGAUUGUCAACGUCCCUGCCAACGUGAAAAAGGUGCUCGACGAGCGCUGGAAAUACGUGCUAGUUGAGCAGGGGCGUGGCAAGGAGCUCACUAGCGCCGUUAAGCUCUGCAGGAGAUGCACCGGCUAUUGCGCAAGAGGAUUCGCCUGGUCUUGCGCUGCGUGUAGUCGCGCGCAGGAGAGGAAGCUGGAGGCUCGCAACACUCCUAAUGUCAAUGACCCCAGCUUUGACGGCGAUGAUGACGACUUCUUGGAUGAGGAAGAUGAGGAGAUGCAGGGUGUCGACACAGGCCGCACUAGCCCCGACGAGGAGGGCCAUGGACCUCACGAGGGAACUGCCGAACAGAUCUACCAGGCAAGCCUUUGGCCUUAUAGAUACUUGGGUAUGCACUGCAAACCCGAGGAUGCCCUCGAUUACGACGACAGAAUUUAUCCUCGCGCAAGCACACGAAUUGGCCCACGUCACCAGGCCAAUGUUCUGCCAUGGCCGGGAAAGCCUGUGGAGUAUGUCAAGCCGCCUGAGACCAAGAAAAAUGGCAAGAAGGAUACCAAGUCGAAAGAGGCACAGGCCGCCAUAGAAGCUGACAAGGCCUGGCGCGGAAAGCGACCGAAGUGGAUUCAAGACAUGCCUCCUGGCUAUACCGUUCGAGGCGAGGAUCACGACGAGGAUGAUCCCAAGUGCACGUCAACACGACUUUGGAUGCCCCCUUCAGAGGAUGUCAUUUCUAGCGAUGAAAUUAACAAGUAUAUGGAAAAGGCCAAGACGAUGGCCAAGGGUCUCGGACUACCGGAACGAUCAACCAACCUCCAGGACGUUGCCGCAAACACCCUGUUCCGCACUGAUUUCGACACAAAACGUGCAAUCAAACUUGUCCCCGAGACAGAGAAGGCGGAAUUCAAGGAGCCCGAAUUGACCCCAACAGAAAUGAAGAAGUUUGAGGAAGCAGUCGUCAAGUACGGAUCUGAACUGUACCUUGUCAAGAGGCAUGUCAAAACCAUGCCUUUUGGCAUGGUUACCCGAUUCUACUAUGCCUGGAAGAAAUCCGAGCGUGGUAAACAGGUUUUGGCCAACAUGUCGGGUCGAAAGGGCAAGAAGGAGGCCAAACGGGCCGAGGCUGCUGCUAGCAAGCUCGCCGACGAUGUUGCUGACAAUGACGAUGACUCGGCUUUCGAUGCGGAGAAGGCGAACCAGAAGAAGCGUGGCUUCGUGUGUCAGUUCUGCUCUACAACGAACUCGCGCAGCUGGCGACGUGCACCAAACCCUGUUCCCGGACUCGUCAAUGAGAACGCCUCGAAGAACGCAAACAAGGACAAGGGCAGCGAGCGUGUUGUGGCUCUAUGUCGCCGAUGUGCAGAGCUUUGGCGCAGAUAUGCCAUUCGAUGGGAGGACAUGGAAGAGGUGGCCAAGAAGGUGGCUCAGUCUGGCGGUCGUGCCUGGAAGCGCAAGCAGGAUGAAGAGCUGCUCAAGGAGCUUCAGGCUGCCAAGGACCUGGGCAUGAUGACACCUGAACGAGCGCCGACUCCCUCAGCAACUCCUUCGGCGACCAACGGACAAGAACCGCCGCGCAAGAAGCUCAAGACUGCCCCCUCAGACAAGGAUGCCGACAACAAUCACUCGGACGCGGCCAGUGUGGCAGGCUCUACCACAUCCAAGAAGAAGGACAAGAGCGUGGAAAGGGCGGCGGCGCCCGAGAUGCCCAAGCCCAGAGUGCUACCUUGCGCUGUAUGCGGUCAGAUGGAGCCACAAGGCGACCAACGCCUGUCUUGUCGCGAGUGUCGCCUGACGGUGCACCGCAAUUGCUAUGGCAUCAUGGACAACCGCAACCCUGAGAAAUGGACCUGCGAUAUGUGUGCCAACGACAAGAACCCCCAGGUCUCGACACACUAUAAGUGUGUCCUGUGUCCUGUUGACUACACUGAGUACGACUUUGUGGAACAGCCAAAGCUCACGCACCACAAGAAGAAGAUGUCGGAAAAGGAUCGCGAGAGGGAACGUCAGGAUGUCCAGAAAGCCCGAAAGGCGGCCGAGUUCUACCGCAAGAAGCAGGAGGAGAUGAAUCGACCAGUCAAUCCUCGCGAGCCUCUCAAACGGACUGCCGACAAUAAUUGGGUUCACGCAACCUGCGCAGUCUGGACACCAGAAGUCAAAUUCGGUAAUGCCAAGGCUCUGGAGCCUUCAGAAGGCAUUCCCUCAAUCCCUAGGAGCAAGUACGACGAGGUUUGCCAGGUUUGUAACAAGAAGGAUGGCGCUUGCGUCUGGUGCCAUCAAUGCCGUAUACCAAUGCAUGUGGAAUGCGCACGGCAGCAGGGUCACGUUCUCGGCUUCGACAUUACUCCCGUGAAAAGUUCCCGUCGGGACCAAGUCACGACUGUGACAAUCGGCGGAGAGAGUGGCACAAUGUCGGCGACCGUUUGGUGCAAGGACCAUGCUCCAGCGAAGACGACGGUUCAUCGUAUGCACGAUAUUGUCAACGAGUCGGGGCUCAAUGCUCUGCAGCUCUACGUCCAAAACUUUAAACAGGCCGAUCUCACAUUGACGGGUACCGUCCGCAAGGCCAAUCUGAUGACGACUGCAGCCAAGAUGACGGGAACAACGACUCAACCUGGGCUACGGCGGUCGUCAACGACGAAUAUUCCUGCAGGCGGAUGGAGCCAGCAGCGCAGUGGGGAGACUGAGGACGCCGCCUCGGACGCCAAACAACCAGGAGAGAAGGUCUGCAUCACCUGCGGCAUCGAUGUCAGCCCCAAGUGGUGGCCAAUUGACAACUCCCAAGAGCGCGAACUCACCAACGGGCACUAUGGAACUCUUGGAAGUGAGGCCCAGAAGUUUGUGGAACAGAGGCGAUUCCAGUGUCACAAGUGCCGCAAGGCCCAGCGGACCGCGAAGCCACAUGCGCCGCGGCGAUCUCCUCCAAUGGUGGAGAUGGCACUUCCGCCAGCGCCAGCGCCAGCUCCAGUUCAAGUACCAGCGCGAGAGCCCAGUGUGCCAGCGGCCGUCAACCCUCUACACAGCCCGCCACAGGCCAUACCCGGCCACCGAGAACCGCACCCUGCCACUUACGCCUGGCCGUCUCAUGUCCCCCCUCAGACAGCGCCUCCUCCAAUGCAGGCUCCAGCUCAUGUCGCAGACCAUGCCCUUGGGGCCCGACCACCAGCUCCCCACGGAUACCCGGCUCCACCGCCGCCGAGAACCUCAUUUAACGACUGGGGAGCCCGACCUGGAAGCCAGCACGGAUCGCCUCCUCGGCAUCUCAAUGGAGGACCUCCCCCCCUUCACAACCCGCCGCACCUCUCGUCUCUGCGACCCCCACCGCUGUCGGGUCCUCCGCCUCCUGCACCGCUGCCCGUAAACCACCACGGGUCACCGCCCUAUGUCAAUGGACUUCCCCCGUCUCCUCGAAGACUCAACGGACCGGCGCCGCCAUCGCGAUAUGUGCACCCGUACCAGUCCCAUGGACACCACGGCCCCCCGGCACAUCUACCGCCGCCAAGCAUGAGCAAUGGAGCGCCUCCGCCUCCGCCUCCGAGGAAUGACGGAUUUGCUCAUGGCUUACAUCCGCAGAGAACACCAUUCUCAGCACCUCAUGCGAGCCCGCCCGGAUCUCGAAGUGGGCUUCCUCCACCACAUGAGCCUCCAGGAUCGGCGGGUUCAAUCAGCCAGCGGCAACCGGAGAGCCGACCGAUGAAUGGAGCAAGUGCUAGUCCUUCAUUGCGAAACCUACUAUCGUGAGGUGGAUCCAGAAGGUUUAAGCCAUGAUGGCUCAGAAGCCCUGCAUGGGGCUAUCUGGCAUGAACAGGAGUUUUUUGCUUUCAACAACGGCAGUUAUCUUUUACGAAGCAAGGAGUCGAGUCAUCUGCGCUUUUCUUCUUUUACUCUUUCUUUUUGUAAACCCUCGCGUAGACAUGCAUUACUUACGAGGCGUAUAAAUAUUUACCAAGGGGAUCAGUGUUGUGGACGUUAUUUUUUGGGUGGUAUUCAAUUGCAAGCUGGGCGCGAUGGCGAGUUGGACAAGGAAACUAUGGAGAACUGGGAGGAUAUAUAUAAGAGGGGAGGAAGGGAAACCUGUUCUUUUAUGACUGUGUAAGAGACCGUGAAAAGCGAUUGUGGGAGGGGGUUAGCUUAUAGACGACACAAUGAAAUGUUU